CUGGACUUUGCGCGAGUGGCCUCGGAGAUGGCUGCUCAACUGCUGAGAACAGCAUUAAGUCGCCAAUGCUUGCAGCUUCAAAAUGAGAUUCGUUUGACAGCUGCCCGUGCCCUUAGUGUUUCGGCGCAAGCAAAGCAAGAAACACCCAAGGAUGGAGUGACAUGUGGCCGAAGUGCUACCAAUAACCCGGUGAAAGCGAAAACGCCCAUAGGUCGACUGGACGAGCCAGAAGAGGGCGCUCGCCACCCGUACCAGGAGAAGGAGCCGCUGCCAGAGUUCCCGGACGGUGUGAACCCGAGCACGGGUGAAAUCGGCGGCCCGCGCGGCCCCGAGCCCACCCGCUACGGAGACUGGGAGCGCAAGGGACGCGUCACAGACUUCUGAGCAUAGAUCUCUGACAGAAACAUAGACUUCUCAGAGGCCCAGUGUCGGGUGGUCCCUGGUACAGAGUUGAGCGAUCGUACAGCGGAUGGUGCCACUUUGAUAUGCGUAGGCUGGUUGAAGAACUCCGGAUGUCAUUGAAUGAUCUGCGGGCUCUGCGAGCUGCUUGCGCCGGUUGUGAGAUCAUGAAGCGCCUGUUUGAGAUGUAGGGUGCUCGUGAAUGUGGAUUGUGUGCCAGUCGUUCCCAAGCUUUAGUGGUUUUCUGACAGGAUUCAUGCAUACGUUAUGCUCACCUUAGCUUGUUAGCCAGCAAUGUCCCAAAAUUUGUCGAUUUGGGUGGGAAACGACAUCCAAAUGAAAUUCAUUUUCCCACUCACACCACCAAUUUUUAAGAACAAUUUUCCACUCCCACAAAAAACUAGAUUUUUUACCUAUAGAAAGAGCAGUUGGGCGGAUGCCCAGAUCAGCAUCAAGCAUCCUACAUUUUUCACUUGUUGGAUCUAAUCGAAUCAGCAGUUUUUCACUCUCUCCCCUCUUUUUGGUAGGUAAUUUCCCCUCUGACACCCAAGACAAAACUCAAUUUUGGGACACUGUUAGCCAGGAGAUAUAUAGCACUAGAAAGACAAGAGGCUGCAGUUUUUUUUUCAAACGACUGAUAUUCUACUGUGACUCGUAGUCAAUUAUGCUGAAUGGUAGUGCAAUACUGUGCAAAUACAUGUCUUGUUCUUCA